GUGGCAGGACUAGCAACCAUGGCAGGACAUGACUCUGGAACACAGCACAAGUUCACUGGUAUUCAGAAAUACUUCAAUUCCUACACCAUAACAGGCAGACGGAAUUAUGUAAUAGCUACAUAUGCAAGCAUUGCCAUGGUCAUCUUAUAUUUCAAACUAAAGCCUAAAAAACAAACUCCAGCGGUGACAGAAAAAUAGUGGUUGCUGGUAUGUGUGUUAGUAUUGGAUCUCAUCUUGCAAUGGAAACAGGAAUUGAUGUACUAUGAUGU